AUGUUUCUACAAUUUGUAUAUUCACCUGUUUUAUUAAUGGUUGUUUGUUCAAUGCCACAAUUAAAUUUGUACAAUACAGAUCGACAGACUGAUGUGACUAAACAACUUGAAUAUGAUUGUCUUUAUUAUGAGAUAGAUGAUAAAAUCGUUAAUUAUGGUGAACCUAUGAAAUUAAUUUAUCAAAUUAUUCCCUAUUGUAGACGACCAUUUGAUCAUGAAAUAAAUCUAAAUAUCGUUAAUGAUACUAACGAAUUGCAAGGUAUAACAUUUGAAAAAUUACAUAAAUUGAAUAUUAGUAGUGACCAGUUACUUAUAUGGUCCGCUCCAAUAGAUGCUGCUGAACGUUAUCAAAUUUAUUUAAAUAAUAAAAAAAUGAAUAUAAAAACUUUAUCUAAUGAAGUUUUCUAUAAUUGUACGUGGCCGUGGUUUGGUGAAUUUUGUCAAUAUGCACUUGAUUAUGAUAUAGAAUUGUCAUUUAAUCA